AUUGAUAACACAAUCAUAGCUUAACAGAAACCGUUCGACUAUAUAUUGUGUCAGGUAUGGAAGGUGUUUAUCAUAAUUCAGUGUUUGCUUCACUGUACAGACGAAACAAUUGCAAUAAAGAUGAAAACUCUGAUCUUCUUGGUACUCGCGGUUCUUGGAGCCCAUGCUGCCGUCGUAAAGGCGCCCGCUACGAGGGCUAACCUCAACGUUGGAUCCAUCGCUACUGGAGACAGGCUUUUGCAUAGCUCUACCGUCUACCGCCCCCCUAGGGCUAACGCGGUCCAGUCCGAAAAUGUCUCCUUCUACGGCAACCGUACCACAAGGAUCAGCGCAGUCCAGGCGCAAGAAGUAGGAGCCAGCCAGCGCGCGUCCGCUUGGAUCAUCUCUGGAGGCAUUGGCCGCAACAAUGUCACUGUUAGAUUCCAAUCCGCGGUUGGAAGAGGAUACAACUACAUCCUUAGGGUUUGGGGACGUUAAAAUAUACUCGAUUUUUAAAAACGACGCAAGGCAACGGAUUGGCAAUCUCUGUUAAUUUGAUUAUAAAUAAAAUGCUUUAAGUAA